GUCGGUCCGCCGGGUCGCCUGACGGGCCCGGUGCCCACGCGCUGGCAGGGACGGUUGCCCAGGGGCGUUCCGCCAGGCAGACUGGCGCUGCUGAGCGGCGAAGCGCAGGACCAACUUGAGAGCGCGCUUGCCCAACUCCAGGGCUGCAGGCGCUCGUACGACAGGCCCCCGAAGGGCGCUGUCGGCCACGGCGACGUCGCUACCACCGCCCAGGACCGCAGCUGGGCCGCCAGCGGCUGGCUCCCUUACGGCCUGGAGCUCGACAUGGCCGAUGGCCGCCGCGGGACGAGCUCGGAGUCGUUGGAGGACCUGCAGGCCAGGUGUGUGAAGCCCGCCAAGCAGGUGUUCCUGGGCUGGAGCUACGUCGAUUCCCUCCCGCCGGUGGUGAUCAACAACUGCAUGUCGAUCCCGAUCACCGAGCUCAUCCCGACGGAGGCCCUCCACCUGUCCAUUGUGCCGAUAGCCGCUGGCGGAGAGCUGUUGCUGCUCACGGAGCAGAAGGGGUCGAUCUACGUGCUCCCUGGACAUCGAGAACGACGGGAAUUACCCGUAUUUCGACACUACCAGGCCCUACGUGAGGUUUUUCAAGGGCGCUUCCUGUCUGAACUCGGACUUGCUGUGCAACCCGCAGUCUGCAACGGCUCUGAAUGCUGGAUUCCUGACAGUCGACCAGCACAGGGUACAAGAGUUCAACUUCACGUGGGGUUCCAUUCAGGAGCCGACUGA